AUGGAAGUUCCCCCUUUUGCAUCGCUUCCCCUCGACCCCUCGCACCCCCCGCACUCGGCCUGGGCAGUUUGGGGUAAAGACGACGAAUUGGGCACUCUCAACCAUCUGACACCCGCUCUCGUCGUCGCUGCUAAAGAUGAAAUCCAAACUGGUAUCCGAGUUGGAUUGAAUUGGCCUCUUCAACAGAUGAGCAGACCCCCGCCUUUUCGAGAUGUCUUGACUCAUCGGAUCGACUCGAUUGGAGGGGCAAUGCAUGAUGAUACUCUCCAAUUUAAUACACAGACGAGCUCUCAAUGGGAUGGAUUCCGACACUGUGGCUAUGAGAAUGGGCUGUUCUAUAAUGGGGUUACCGCGAGGGAAAUCCUGGAGAAUACUACAGAGCGCAUCGGAAUUCAUGCAUGGUGCAAACAAGGCAUCGUCGGCCGUGGAGUUUUGGUUGAUUUCGCAGCCCACGCAGCGCAGAAUAACAUCCCAUUCGAUCCACUAGGAAGAUCCGUUAUCCCCCUGGCGACAGUCAAGGAGAUCAUAAAGCAGAAAAACAUCACAAUCCGCUCAGGGGAUAUUCUGAUUAUAAGAUCCGGAUUCCUGCAGGCAUACGAGAACGCAACACCAGCCCAACUAGACACCCUCAUGACAGCCUCUCCCCUCGAGUAUCCCGGCGUGGAAAACUCGAUCGAAUUUGCCGAAUGGCUGUGGGAUUCUCGGAUUGCUGCUGUUUGCACAGACUCGCCCGGGUUUGAAGCUAUGCCAUCCAAAGGCUUUUUCCUCCAUCCAGUCCUGCUAGCCGGGUUUGGAAUGCCAAUUGGCGAGCUCUUCGACUUGGAAGCUCUCGCUAAGCAAUGUGAAUCUUCAGAGCGAUCUACCUUUUUCUUUACAAGUGAGCCGUUGAAUGUCCGUGGAGGAGUUGCCAGUCCGCCCAAUGCAAUCGCCAUCUUCUAG